AUGUACUGGAGUGUCCCCGUGCCUCCAUACACCAUUGUCUACUUCCCAACUCGAGGGCGCUGCGAGGCCAUGCGCAUGUUGCUGGCUGACCAGGGCCAGAGCUGGAAGGAGGAGGUGGUGACCAAGGAGACCUGGAUGCAGGGCCAGCUCAAGGCCUCCUGUCUGUAUGGGCAGCUCCCCAAGUUCCAGGAUGGAGACCUCACUCUGUACCAGUCCAAUGCCAUCCUGCGGCAUCUGGGCCGCUCCUUCGGGCUGUACGGCAAAGACACCCUAGCGGCAGCAAUGGUGGACAUGGUCAAUGACGGUGUGGAGGACCUGCGCCGGCGCUGUAGCCACCUCAUCCACCACAACUGUGAGGAGAGCAAGGCCCAGUACAUUCAGGAGCUGCCUGAUCACCUGAAGCCCUUUGAGACCCUGCUGGCCCAGAACCAUGGGGGCCAGACCUUCAUCGUGGGCGAUCAGAUCUCCUUUGCUGACUACAAUCUGCUGGACUUCCUCAUGGCACACCAGGUCCUGGUCCCUGGCUGCCUGGACACCCUGCCCCUGCUCUCGGCCUACGUAGCUCGGCUCAGUGCCCGGCCCAAGCUCAAGGCCUUCCUGGCCUCCCCUGAGCACGUGAAUCGACCUAUCUUCGGAGGCCAGAAGAUAUGA